AUGAAUUCAGCUGAAAUCACUGAUGAUGAUGAAGUAAAAAUUCCUACAAAAACGACUGUGAAAGUAGAGACAGAAAAUGAAGAUGAAGCUCUGGACUGCUCAGUGACCUCCAGAUCUGCUGAGAAGCACUCACUGGAUGGCACAGUGACCUGCCCGCAGGAUUCCAGCAAACGCAAGCAGACCUCACUUGGUUGUGAUGGUUCAGGGAGCCAGCAAGAUAUCUUACCCAGCGUGAAGAAAAGACGCUUUGCACAAGAGGGCCCCCUUUCAAACAUGAAGAACAGAGACACUGGCUCACCCACUCAGGUAAACACAGAGCAGCCGAGCAAGAACAAGACCCCCAACGUAACGUGGCUCUUGGAGGAAGACUCCUUCAGCGACGUCACCACUCCAUCCUACAAAAAACCUCUCUAUGGCAUCUCACACAAAAUCACAGAGAAGAAGAACCCAGCGGGAGCUGAGCAGUUUGCCUCUUACGAGCUGUUUGAAAAGAUCCACCCCAGCAGUCCCUCACAUCUCCGGGCUCUGAACGACCAACGCAAAAGGGACUCGGCGGCAGCCAUCGCCCUAACAGCGGCCGCCGCGGAUGCCGACCCCAACAUCUACUCUUUGAUACAGAAAAUGUUCUAUACGCUCAACACCCUCAACACCAACAUGACCCAGCUGCACAGUAAAGUUGACCUGUUGUCCCUGGAGGUUAGCAGGAUUAAAAAGCAAGUCAGUCCAGCAGAGUCUGUGGCAGACUUCAAGCCUCCCCCGGAGUACCAGCUGACUUCUGCAGAGCUCAAACAAAUCAUGGAUCAGAGCACGUCAGGAGGAGACCUGGCUUGCCGCUUGCUGGUGCAGCUCUUCCCAGAGCUCUUCAGCGACGAUGAGUUCAGCAGAAGCUGCAGCGCCUGCGGCUUCCUCAACAAGAGGAAGCUGGAGUCUCUCCACCUGCAGCUCAUCCGUAACUACGUGGAGGUUUGCUACCCUUCUGUGAAGAACACAGCCGUGUGGCAGGUGGAGUGUCUGCCUCAAGUCAACGAUUUUUUCAACAGAUUCUGGGCUCAGAGGGAAAUGGAAAACAGUCAGCAGAACGUGCAGUCAUCCAGUUUCUAUGAGGCUGAGCAGGUCGAGUCCUCUCAUUUCAUGGAGGAUAAAGAGCAGGAGGAAGCGUUGUCCUUGGACAGGAGCAAUGCCAUCGCCUCAGAUUACAUGCUGGAUGCUCAGGAUCUCAAUGAAUUUUUAGAUGAGGCUACUACUCCGGGGGAGUUCUGUGUUUUUUUGUUACACAGGUUGUUUCCGGAACUCUUUGACCACAGAAAGUUGGCUGAAAGGUACAGCUGCUUCGGGGACUCGGGGAAACAGCUGCUGGAUCCGCAUCGGCUCCAAAUCAUCCGCAGGUACACCGAGAUCUACUUCCCAGACGUGCAGGAGGAAGAGGCCUGGUUGCAGCAGUGCGUUCAGCGGAUAAACGACGAGCUGGAAAAUGCCUACAUGGAUGGGAGUGAAUGUGACCAGAUGAGAGAUGACUGUUACGAUUCCUCCAGCCUCCCAGACGAUGUCUCCAUCAUCAAAGUGGAAGACAGUUUUGAAUACGAAAAGCCUGGCAGGCGCUCAAAAAAAAUUUGGCUUGUACCCAUAGACUUUGACAAACUUGACUUUCCCCCUCCUGAUUUUGACGUCCCCGUCCCGGAUUACCUGCUGAACAAAGAACAGAUCAAAAGUAUCUAUGAAAGCAGCCUUUCCAUAGGCAACUUCGCCUCUCGCCUGCUCGUGCUCUUAUUUCCCGAGCUGUUCACUCACGAGAACUUACGGAAGCAAUACAACUGCAGCGGAUCCCUGGGCAAGAAGCAGCUGGACCCCACCAGGAUUAAAUUGAUACGCCAUUACGUGCAGAUACUGUACCCCAGGGCGAAGAACGACAGGGUGUGGACGUUGGAGUUUGUUGGGAAGCUGGACGAGAGGUGCCGGCGCAGGGACACGGAGCAGAGGCGCUCGUACCAGCAGCAGCGCAAGAUCCACGUGCCAGGGCCGGACCGCAGGGAGUUCCUCAGCUACGUCAUAAACCCCGAGAGGUUCCGAGAGGAGUUCGAAGGGCCCCCGCUGCCGCCCGAAAGGAGCAGCAAGGAUUUCUGCAAGAUCCCACUGGAUGAACUCGUUGUUCCCAAUCCAGACUUCCCUGUGCCUUCUCUGUAUUUGCUGUCUGAUAAGGAGGUAAGAGAGAUUGUGCAGCAGAGCCUCUCGGUCGGCAACUUUGCCGCCAGGCUUCUCGUCAGACUCUUCCCCGAGCUCUUCACUCCGGAGAAUCUCAGACUGCAAUACAACCAUUCAGGUGCUUGUAACAAAAAACAGCUGGAUCCCAUCAGACUGAGACUGAUCCGUCACUACGUGGAGGCGGUUUACCCUGUGGAGAAAAUGGAAGAGGUGUGGCAUUAUGAAUGUAUCCCUAGCAUCGACGAGAGGUGCCGGCGGCCCAACAGGAAAAAGUGUGAUAUACUGAAAAAAGCCAAGAAGGCAAAAAAGUGA